GGUUUGUUUACUUGUCUUCCUCAGUAAAGUAUUGAUGAAAAGAAAAAAAAAAACUGGUCUGCUCAUGACAUUCAGCAGUUUUUCCCACCAACACCUGUUUUCCCUGCUAGACCUGCCUGGUGGCUCUGGCCCCACCCAUCUUCUUUCUGCCUGUCUCACCUGAGAUGCAUCAUUUCCUCCUGUGAAUCCAGACUGCACACCACCUUUCCUCAUCUUUGGAUUGUUCCAGUCCACUCUACAGCUUAACUUCUCUUGAAAUCUCAUCUUCUUUCUGUUGUUUUUAACACCAUGAGUGCAAAGCUGUGGACAGAGGAGCAGUUCAACUGCCCCGUGUGUCUAGAUCUACCGAAUGAUCCAGUCACCAUCCCGUGUGGACACAGCUACUGCAUGGCCUGCAUCAAGGACUUCUGGAGCAAGGAUGACCCCAAAGGGAUCUACAGCUGUCCCCAGUGCCGCCAGACCUUCUGCCCCAAGCCCUCCCUGUCCAGAAACACCAUGCUGGCUGAAGCUGUGGAGCAGCUCCGCAAAGGGGCCCUCAAAUCUGAGGUGCGGGAAUCAAUACGGAGCGCCCGCGGGGUCAGUUCCUCAUCUAGAUCCAAGGCCAAGUUGGCCUCAUCUGCUGUGCUGUGUGAUAUGUGCAAAGGUGAGCAGCGAGCAGCUGUUAAGAGCUGUCUAGUGUGUAUGAGCUCCUACUGUGAAGGCCAUUUAAAGCCACACCAGACCAAGAAGUCCCUGAAGCAGCAUGAGCUCAUCCCACCGACGGGGAAUCUGGCUGAGAAGAUCUGCACCCAGCACAAGUACCUGCAGGAGUUCUUCUGUCGCCAGUGCAAGAUGUUUGUCUGCUGGUUGUGCACCAGUAGCCACCAUAAAGAGCACGAGUGUGUGUCCACCAAGGUGGAGAGGCUGGAGAGACAGAAAGUGCUGUCAGAAAUUCAGACAGAGAAUCAACAGAGGCUGAAAGACCGAGAGCAGGAGCUAAAAGACCUGAAGAAGAUGAUGGAGACAGUGAAGCAUUCUUCAGACAGGGUGCAUAACGAUGGGGAAAAUGUUCUGGGGGAGCUGGUGCGCUCGGUGGAGCGUCUGCAGGAGCUGCUGGAGGAGGUGCUGGAUCAGGCCAGCCUGGAGAAGAUGGGCCAGGCCCAGGAGGUUGCAGAUAACCUGGAGGCUGAGAUCAAGGAGCGAAAGAGGAGGGACACUGAGAUGAAGGAACUGGCUAGCUGUGAAGACCACAUCUACUACCUGCAGACAUGCGAGUCCAUGUGCGCUCCUCUGGAGACCGGAGACCUGCCGGCUGUACAUGUCAACCCCGAUGCAUCUUUUGAGCCUGUUCAUGACACCAUCGUGGCUCUCAGGGACCGUGUGGAGGAUCUCUGCAACCAGGAGCUCAGCAAAAUCACCAAACAAGUUAAUGACACCAUACUGUUCACUUUGGGAGCCUCCAACCGGAGCGGAGGACAGAAAGGAGGCAUUUUUAAAUUGUUUUCUGGUCUGGGUUCCCGCAACCCAAACAGCCGUUUGCCAGCUUCUACACCCAGUAUCUCAGUCGGUGUGCGGAGUACAGAUAGACAAGGUAUAGGUCUCAGAAGUCAUGAUGUGAGGGGCAGAGACUCACCACGAGACAGAGGAAACACAAGCUCACUCAGACCAGGAAACAGACGGAGAAGGGAAGACAGAGAGGCCGCAAGGGAGACCAACUCCAGACCCAGCCCCACUCCGAGCCGUAGAGAAUCUCCGUCCCUGUGGAGCAGGUCCAGUCAAAGUCAACCUGCCUCUAAUGCAGCCACGACUCCACCUGUAACCCCAGCCCCAGCCCCAGCCACCCCAACUCCUGCUCCUGCUGCUACGUCUGCAUCAACUGGACCUUUCAGUCGUAUGGCCUCUAUCAGCAGCCUGUUCCGCUCCCAUCGUCGCGGCACCAGCCAGGCCUCCCCGGCUAAUAACGCACAACCUGCAGGAGGAAAUCCGUGGGGGAUGGCUGCUGUGUCUGAAACACCAACAGAGGUUAACCCAGGUCUGUUCUUGGACACGCCCACACCGGAAAGCAUGAAUCAUGCUCCUGUUUUUCCUGCAUUGAGAGAAAUAAACAUCGACAGCAUCCAGGCACCAGAACCGAGGACCAGAGAUGAGUUCCUGCAGUAUUCUGUGAGCCUGACCCUUGACCCCAACACAGCCCACAGGCGACUGGUUCUCUCUGAGGGUGACACUAAAGCUACCCUGCAGGGGGCGGCACAGCCUUACCCCGACACCCCCCAGCGUUUCGACGGGUGGACCCAGGUGAUGUGUCAGAGCCCGCUGUACGCCCAGCGCUGCUACUGGGAGGUGGAGUGGCGAGGCCGGGGCUCCUCCUUGGGCGUAGUCUACGGGGCGCUGAACAGGAAAGGCUCAGACGCCAAGUCAGGGCUCGGGUACAACGCCCAGUCCUGGACCCUGGAGCUGUCCGACACCUGCUGCUUGGCCAUGCACGACAAUGAAAAAAAGGACAUCCCUGUCACCUACUCCCCACGUCUGGGCGUCUACCUGGACCUGUCCGUGGGAACGCUGGCGUUCUACAGCGUGGCGGACAACAUGACGCACCUUCACACCUUCCGUGCUAACUUCACCCAGCCGCUUUACGCCGCCUUCGGGGUCGGGAGUGGAGUCGGGGUGGGUCUAGACUUCGCCCUCGGUCAGUUCACUUCAAGCGCGGAUAGCAUCAAGAUCUGUCCCUUGUGAGGGUGCGGACAAUGAUGCGAACAAGCCAUGAAAACAAUUGAUUGUGACUUUCAUGCUAAUCAAACACACUUGGAAAUGUCAGGACUGAAAAUUCUCAAUUCUUCCAUGUGGCCCUUCCUCCAUUUUGCAGGGGUAAAGUGUCCCUUUUCUUUUGGGAUAAUCAAGAACCAACGUCUGGGCCACCUAGAGGAUGCCUUUAAUUGCAUCCAAUUUCUUUUUUUUUUUUUUUUAAAGAGUCUUAAAUGCACUUAAUGAAACCUUUUUUGCUUUUUUUCCUUCAACAUUUGGUCCAAGACUUUCUGCACAACUGUUGCGUCCAAAUUGCAAUAAACCAGCAAAACAUU